AUGUUUGAGCAGACUGUGUCCUGGAAGAUCAGAGAUGCAUCUGUGCUCUCUAAGCUAGUUAGCCAAGCUAACAAUCAGCAGAGACCAGAUCCUCCUGAACCCAGCUGUGUGUCCAUGAAGAGUGACUGGUCUAUGGGUCAACCUGUUAAAUUCAAACAUGGACAUCAGUCUGCUGAUCAGAGGAUCCAUCAGCAGAGACCAGAUCCUCCUGAACCCAGCUGUGUGUCCAUGAAGAGUGACCGGUCUAUGGGUCAACCUGUUAAAUUCAAACAUGGACAUCAGUCUGCUGAUCAGAGAGUUCAUCAGCAGAGCUCAGAGGUUCUCAGUGGUCAGUCUGUCCAGCAGCAUCAAACACAGCUGGACUCCAUAUUUAUGCUGCUGGAGGAGAACAUCAGCAGGUUUGUGAAGAACGAGCUGAAGAAGAUGCAGAAGGCUCUGAGUCCAGAUGACCCAGAAUGCUUAGAGAGUCAGAGUGAGGAUGAGGAGGUGUUGGACGGUGAGGAGGAAGAGCAGAGGAGGAGCAGCAGAGAGGCAUUUGUGAAGAUCACAGUGCACUUCCUGAGGAGAAUGAAGCAGGAGGAGCUGGCUGAGCUUCUGCAGAGCAGAACUCCUGCUGAAAAGUGUCAACGUAAACUCAAGUCUAACCUGGAGAAGAAGUUCCAGUGUCUGUUUGAGGGGAUUGCUAAAGCAGGAAACCCAACCCUUCUGAAUCAGAUCUACACACCGCUCUACAUCACAGAGGGAGGGACUGCAGAGGUCAAUGAUGAACAUGAGGUCAGACAGAUUGAAACAGCAUCCAGGAAACCAGGCAGACCAGAAACAACAAUCAGACAUGAAGACAUCUUUAAAGCCUCACCUGGAAGAGAUGAACCAAUCAGAACAGUGAUGACAAAGGGAGUGGCUGGCAUUGGGAAAACAGUCUUAACACAGAAGUUCACUCUGGACUGGGCUGAAGACAAAGCCAACCAGGACAUACACUUCACAUUUCCAUUCACUUUCAGAGAGCUGAAUGUGCUGAAAGAGAAAAAGUACAGCUUGGUGGAACUUGUUCAUCACUUCUUUACUGAAACCAAAGAAGCAGGAAUCUGCAGGUUUGAAGAGUUCCAGGUUGUGUUCAUCUUUGACGGUCUGGAUGAGUGUCGACUUCCUCUGGACUUCCACAACACUGAGAUCCUGACUGAUGUUACAGAGUCCACCUCAGUGGAUGUGCUGCUUACAAACCUCAUCAGGGGGAAACUGCUUCCCUCUGCUCGCCUCUGGAUAACCACACGACCAGCAGCAGCCAAUCAGAUCCCUCCUGAGUGUGUCGGCAUGGUGACAGAGGUCAGAGGGUUCACUGACCCACAGAAGGAGGAGUACUUCAGGAAGAGAUUCAGAGAUGAGGAGCAGGCCGGCACCAUCGUCUCCCACAUCAAGACAUCACGAAGCCUCCACAUCAUGUGCCACAUCCCAGUCUUCUGCUGGAUCACUGCUACAGUUCUGGAGGAUAUGUUGAAAAGACGAAGGAGAAGAGAGCUGCCCAAGACCCUGACUGAGAUGUACAUCCACUUCCUGGUGCUUCAGUCCAAACUGAAGAACAUCAAGUAUGAUGGAGGAGCUGAGACAGAUCCACACUGGAGUCCAGAGAGCAGGAAGAUGAUUGAGUCUCUGGGAAAACUGGCUUUUGAGCAGCUGCAGAAAGGCAACCUGAUCUUCUAUGAAUCAGACCUGACAGAGUGUGGCAUCGAUAUCAGAGCAGCCUCAGUGUGCUCAGGAGUGUUCACACAGGUCUUUAAAGAGGAGAGGGGGCUGUACCAGGACAAGGUGUUCUGCUUCGUCCAUCUGAGUGUUCAGGAGUUUCUGGCUGCUCUUCAUGUCCAUCUGACAUUCAUCAAGUCUGGAGUCAAUCUGCUGGCAGAAGAACAAACAACAUCGCAGAUACGUUUCUACCAGAGUGCUGUGGACGAGGCCUUAAAGAGUCCAAAUGGACACCUGGACUUGUUCCUCCGCUUCCUCCUGGGUCUUUCACUGCAGACCAAUCAGACUCUCCUAAGAGGUCUGCUGACACAGACAGGAAGUAGCUCACAGACCAAUCAGGAAACAGUCGAGUACAUCAAGAAGAAGAUCAGUGAGAAUGUGUCUGCAGAGAGAAGCAUCAAUCUGUUCCACUGUCUGAAUGAACUGAAUGAUGGUUCUCUAGUGGAGGAGAUCCAACAGUCCCUGAGAUCAGGAAGUCUCUCCACAGAUAAACUGUCUCCUGCUCAGUGGUCAGCUCUGGUCUUCAUCUUACUGUCAUCAGAAAAAGAUCUGGACGUGUUUGACCUGAAGAAAUACUCUGCUUCAGAGGAGGCUCUUCUGAGGCUGCUGCCAGUGGUCAAAGCUUCAAAUAAAGCUCUGCUGACUGACUGUAACCUCUCAGAGAGAGGCUGUGCAGCUCUGUCCUCAGUUCUCAGCUCCCAGUCCUCUAGUCUGAGAGAUCUGGACCUGAGUAACAACAAACUGCAGGACUCAGGAGUGAAGCAGCUUUCGGCUGGACUGGAGAGUACAAACUGUGCACUGGAAACACUCAGUCUGUCAGGAUGUCUGAUCACAGAGGAAGGCUGUGCUUCUCUGGCCUCAGCUCUGAAGUCCAACCCCUCCCAUCUGAGAGAGCUGGACCUGAAUCUGGAUGUGUUUGACCUGAAGAAAUACUCUGCUUCAGAGGAGGCUCUUCUGAGGCUGCUGCCAGUGGUCAAAGCUUCUCAUAAAGCUCUUCUGUCAGGAUGUCUGAUCGCAGAGGAAGGCUGUGCUUCUCUGGCCACAGCUCUGAGCUGCAACUCCUCCCAUGUGAGAGAUCUGGACCUGAGUAACAACAACCUGCAGGAUUCAGGAGUGAAGCAGCUUUCUGCUGGACUGGAGAGUCCACACUGUGGACUGGAAACUCUCAGUCUGUCAGGAUGUCUGAUCACAGAGGAAGGCUGUGCUUCUCUGGCCUCAGCUCUGAGCUGCAACCCCUCCCAUCUGAGAGAUCUGGACCUGAGUAACAACAACCUGCAGGAUUCAGGAGUGAAGCAGCUUUCUGCUGGACUGGAGAGUUCACACUGUGGACUGGAAACUCUCAGUCUGUCAGGAUGUCUGAUCACAGAGGAAGGCUGUGCUUCUCUGGCCUCAUCUCUACGCUACAACCCCUCCCAUCUGAGAGAGCUGGACCUGAGCUACAAUCAUCCAGGAGACUCAGGAGAGAAGUUACUGUCUGCUGGACUGAAGGAUCCACACUGGAGACUGGACACUCUCAGGGUGGACCAUGGUGGAGAGCACAGGUUAAAACCUGGUCUGAAGAAGUAUUUCUGUGAACUCACACUGGACACAAACACAGUACACAGAAACCUCAAACUGUCUGAUAACAACAGGAAGGUGACACGUGUGGAGGAGGUUCAGUCAUAUCCUGAUCAUCCAGACAGAUUUGACUACUGGGCUCAGCUGCUGUGUAGUAAUGGUCUGACUGGUCGCUGUUACUGGGAGGUCGAGUGGAGAGGAAGUGUUUAUAUAUCAGUGAGUUACAGAAGAAUCAGCAGGAAAGGAGGCAGUGUAGACUGUUUAUUUGGAGGGAAUGAUCAGUCCUGGAGACUGACCUGCUCUGAUGAUGGUCGUUACUAUGUCUAUCACAAUAAGAUAGUAACACCCAUCUCCUCCUCCUCCUCCUCCUCCUCCUCCUCCUCCUCCUCCUCCUCCUCUGUCUCUGACAGAGUAGCAGUGUAUGUGGACUGUCCUGCUGGCACUCUGUCCUUCUACAGAGUCUCCUCUGACACACUGAUCCACCUCCACACCUUCAACACCACAUUCACUGAACCUCUGUAUGCUGGGUUUGGGUUUGGGUCAUGUCAGCCUGGUUCCUCAGUGUCUGUGUGUCCUCUGUCUGAGUGAGAGUCUCUUCCUGUGUGUGAAGAUGUAAAUAAAUAACUUUGAGAAGUUUGAGUAACAUUAUUUUCAUUGCUGGUUAAAAUUCAAGCAGAAGCAAACACAACGAGCUUCUGUAACAUUGAUCU